AUGUCCGAAUCCUCCUCUUCAUCCACCGCCCACACUCUCAGCUCUCAAAUAUGUUCUGCUCUUCGUUCUGCUGCUCUUAAACAACACUGGCAACAAGCUCAUGUCAUAGGACUCCAACUCUCCUCUCCACAAGCGCUUCAGGAUGGUUCUUUCAAAUUCUAUCACCAUUCCAAGAAUGAUCUGGCCAUCUUUUACAAGGACAUUCCGAAUGAUAUUUCCAUUGUGAGAGGAGAGGGAAUUUGUGAAAAGAUGAAAGCAGAGGAAUUUCUCAACACCUUCCUAUCGAAUGAUAUGACCAUUCGGAAACAAUUUGAUGCUCAUGUGAUGCGAAGUGAAAUUGUGGAAAGGUGGAAGGAUCAAGAUGGAGAAUGGUUUGUGGAAUACUUUGCGAGUCCAUCAUUAGCCAUGAUCUCCUCGAGAGACUUUGUCAACAUUUAUCACAUUGAAACACUUCCCAAGAGCAAUGAAUUCAUUUACACCUCCACGAGUGUUCCUGAAUCGAUUGGAUAUCAAUUGCCAUCCAAUGUUUCAACAGUAAAAGGAGCUGUUCGAGGAGUCAAUGUGGUCUCUACACUUCGGUUGCAACAACUGGAAAAUGGUGAUUUGAAAAUGGUCUAUGUGAAUCAUGCCAAGCCAAAUGGAUGGAUUCCAUUUAGUGUGAUCAAUGCUUCCAUAUUUGGAGUGCCACAAGUAUUGAAACAGACAGCGUUGUAUCUGAGAAGCAAAUUACGACCAUUGAAUCAUGAGGAACCUGGUUUAAAGAAUUUGAAACAAUAA